CAAAAGUAUCAGUUUCUAUUGUUGUUUAUUUCAUUACUAACAUCAUACUUAUUUAGGAUCUACAUUCGAGUUAUGGACAAAACCACUGAGGCUAACUUUUGUUUUAUGGAUCGACUAGGAGAUGGAUAUUUUGGAAUUUUGAAAGUAUCAAUUCAAGGAAAGAUGGAAGAGCAUAAUUCAGACGAUCUUUAUGAUUUGAUCGAGGAGAACAAGAAUGAGACUACUCAUUGCAGACGUACUAGAUCGGGUGCUAGAAAUGGCGAUGAUCUUGAGAAGAAGAAAGACAUUGUUCAUGAGAAAGAUACAAAUACCCAUGAUGAGGAGAAAGAACAAAUCAUGAAUAUUGAUCAUAACGUGGAUGAGAUAAAUUACACUCAAAUGAAA